AUGAGUGCCGAAGACCCUUUAUUGGCUGCUUUGAAUAGUGAAGAGACAACAGACGGAACUUCUGCCACUACCAGUUCGGAACCAGCCGAUCCAGAAAGAAACGAAGCGUUGAGAAGAUUCAAAAAGAAGUUGGUGGAACAUAAAGAAUGGGACUCCCGGUUAAAGAAAACAAGAUUAGAUAUAAGAUCUCUAGACAAAGAUUAUGAGAAAACUGAGAAUGACAUCAAGGCAUUGCAAAGUGUGGGGCAAAUCAUUGGUGAAGUUUUGAAAGCAUUGACCGAAGAAAAAUAUAUUGUCAAGGCUGCCAAUGGACCAAGAUAUAUUGUUGGUUGUAGAAGCACGAUAAAUAAAGAGAAAUUGGUGAAAGGGGUGAGAGUGGCAUUGGAUAUAACUACAUUGACUAUAAUGAGAAUUUUGCCGAGAGAAGUCGACCCAUUGGUGUACAAUAUGACUACGUUCAAAGCAGGGGAAAUCUCCUUCAAUAGCGUUGGUGGGUUAACCGAUCAGAUUAGAGAAUUGAGAGAAGUCAUUGAACUACCAUUGAAAAAUCCAGAAUUGUUUUUAAGAGUAGGUAUCAAACCUCCAAAAGGUGUGUUGUUGUACGGUCCACCAGGUACCGGUAAGACCUUAUUAGCCAAGGCUGUGGCCGCCACUAUUGGUGCAAACUUCAUCUUCAGUCCUGCCAGUGCAAUUGUAGAUAAAUAUAUUGGUGAAUCUGCCAGAUUGAUCAGAGAAAUGUUUGCUUAUGCCAAGGAACAUGAACCAUGUAUUAUUUUCAUGGAUGAAGUCGAUGCCAUUGGUGGUAGAAGAUUUUCCGAAGGUACUUCUGCAGACAGAGAAAUUCAAAGAACUUUGAUGGAAUUGUUGAAUCAAAUGGACGGUUUUGAUUAUUUGGGCCAAACUAAGGUCAUCAUGGCUACAAAUCGACCAGAUACUUUGGAUCCUGCGUUGUUGAGAGCUGGUAGAUUGGAUAGAAAGAUAGAAAUUCCUUUGCCAAAUGAAGCUGGUAGAUUGGAAGUGUUCAAGAUCCAUACCGCUAAGAUAAAUAAACAAGGAGAAUUCGAUUUUGAAGCUGCCGUGAAAAUGAGUGAUGGCUUCAACGGUGCCGAUAUUAGAAACGUUGUGACAGAAGCUGGGUUCUUUGCUAUUAGAGAUGACAGGGACUACAUUGUUCAAGAUGAUCUUAUGAAGGCUGUAAGAAAAGUCAAUGAGGCUAAGAAAUUGGAAGGUAAAUUAGAGUACCAAAAAUUAUGA